UGGAGAAUUAAGCUCUCGCAGAUGCUGUAGAUGAACCUCUGCACUGUUUUUAUUGAGCUAAAAACAAACUGAAGAUUCAGUAAUGAUCUGUAUUCUGCUGGUAGCCGGCCACGGCACCCUCCUAGAGACGCAAAUUAAGAAUGAUGACACAGGCUUAUACAGCCACCUGACUGGGGUACCAAAGGCCUUACUUCCUGGCACUGGAGGAAAGAAGAUCCUUGACUUUUGGUGGGAAACGGUCAACGUGCGGCAGUUGUUUACAGAAGUGUAUCUGGUCACUAAUGCAGACAAGUAUAAGCACUAUGAGCGCUGGGCCACAGCCAAUGACUUCCCAGUGGAAAAUGUGGUCAACGACGGCAGCACUACAUUGCAGGACCGUCUUGGGGCCGUGGCUGACAUGCAGCUGGCCAUACGCAGCCGCAAGCUGCAGGACGACAUCAUAGUGAUUGCAGGAGACAUGCUGUGUGCAGACCAGGACUUUGACAUCGCUCAAGUGAUCCGCUUCUUCAGGUCAAAACCUGGAGAGCUGAUCAUUUACUACGAGCUGGAAGAAAGUGAGAAAAGCAGCUCCAGGGGCAUCGUGGAGGUUUGCCCUGACACCCACAGGAUAACUCGCUUCUUGGAGAAGCCGCAGGAAGGGCUGACAGAGUCCCGGCUGGCCAGCGUGGUGUUUUACUGCAUCCAGAGAGACACGCUGUCCUACCUGUCUGACUUCCUCAGCCUGCAGCCUCAAGCCACAGACAGGAGCUUCGGACGAUUCUGGGAGUGGCUCGUUAAUGAGAAGCAGCGCGACGUGUUUGGAAUGAAGCUUCCUACUGGCUUCCAGCUCAUUGGACAAGUGGGCCUGUCAGACUACACCAAGUGGCUCACCCACUACUCCACCAAGCAACAAGACGAUCCCGCGAAACCAAUCACAUGCCGAUCAUUUGCCAGGGUUGGAUUAAUGGGGAAUCCCUCAGACGGCUUCAACGGCAAGACCAUCGCUAUGUCCAUCUCUAACUUCUGGGCUGAGGUCACUCUAGUGGAGAGCCAGACUUUGGUUUUAGUCCCUCAUCCACUCAAUGACCCCACAGAGUUCGGAAGCUUACAAGAUCUGUUCUGUAUCAGCAGGAAAGAAGGGUACCUGGGAGGUCUGCGGCUGCUGCAGGCUACCUGCAAGAAGUUCUACCAGUUCUGCUCCAAACAAGGUAUCGCUUUGACAAAGCAGAACUUCACGCUGAAGUACGACACCAACAUUCCCCGGCAAGUGGGCCUCGCUGGAAGCAGUGCCAUCGUCUCAGCUACCCUGAAGUGUCUUAUGAAAUUCUACAACAUCACAGACAAUGAUCUCCCAAAGCCGAUUCGAGCCAACUUCAUCCUCAACGUGGAGACUGAUGAACUUUUCAUUACUGCCGGCCUGCAGGACAGAGUCGUGCAGGUCUAUGAAGGCUUAGUCUACAUGGAUUUCAGCAAGAAGCUCAUGGAAGAUCAGGGCUACGGGAACUAUGUUUCUAUGGACAUGACUGGGCUCCCACCGUUCUGGCUGGCUUACCUGAGCGACCCCAGUGACUCUGGACGCAUCCACAGCAACAUCAGACAGCGCUGGCUCAGCGGGGAGCCUCUGGUAGUUGAGGCCAUGAAGACUUUUGCUGAGCUCACUGAUCAAGCCAGGACGGCUCUGCAGGACAGAGACUGGAGCCGUCUGGCACAACUGAUGGACCAGAACUUUGAGCUGCGGAGGACUGUCUACACUGAUGACUGUCUGGGCCCUGGGAAUCUUAAGAUGGUUCAGCUGGCAAAACAGUUUGGCUCGGCGGUGAAGUUACCAGGCAGUGGGGGGGCCGUCGUGGGUCUGUGUCUGGAUAAUGCAAGACUGGUGGAGAUGAGGCAGGCUUUCCAGGAGGCAGGCUGUGUCUUCUGUGUCAUCACACCAUACAACCCAUCUGCCAGCACCGUCGGCGGCCGACACUAACCUCACAUCUCCCCACGACUCAGUCAGGCUGUGCUAGGCCAGUUCACGGCCAUCGGUUGGAUAUGGCACAGCGUUUUCUUCAGUGGGUCCCAUUGUCAUUUCACAGGACUUCUGACUGCAAUGGACAGCAAAGAUCAAGAUCACUGACAUGGAAUUAUGUGUGAGCCACAAAUGAAACAAUCAGGGUUGCUAUUAGGAUCUUUACUCUUUGAUGAUGGGUUGUGUAAUCAUUUACCAGAAUGACCCAAUAAUGUUUAGUCAAACGUCAGCUCUCUCUCUCUAUCUCUUUGUCCCUAGAAAAUGUUUGAAACUUUAGUUUGGUGUGAGAUUCAGGAUAUUUAUGGACAUUUAAGGUGUAGUGAGUCAACGCCCUUGUGUCAGAUUUAUCAUCCAAAAGUGUAAAAAUGAUAUAAUUAUUUUUCUACAUGUGUGAUACACCAAUUGUAUAGAUUAUAUAGACUUAAUCAUAUUAUCUUUAUAAUGAAGCUAAUUUUAUACAGAAA